AUGCGUAAAGCUUUGAGCAAAUUGGGAGAGUCUAGAACUCCUGAACCUGUGGAUAACAAAGAUAGCGAUUCUCCACCUAGGGCGUUGUUAAACGUCAAAUUGAUUUCGGCUAAAGGUUUGGCAGUUUCGAACGCUCCGAGUGCUCACCCUCAACCAUAUGUGGUCAUGCAAUAUGAACAAAACGAGUAUAUAUCAAGACCUCCUCGACCCGUCACUUCUCAUCAAGGCGUUCCAUUCACUUCGGCAGCACCUCAACCCAUUGUACCUGGUAAUCUCACCCGGAGUUCUUCCGGAUUAGGAGUGGGGACUAUCACCAGGGCCUUUGCUGAUGCGGUGGGGAGGGGAAAGGGUAAGAGAGAGAUGGAUGGGAGUGGGACGCAGACGCCAAGAGCGGAAGAACCACCUGCUGGGUCUUGGUUAGGUAAACCCGGUCCAGGCGAUCCAGUGUGGAAGGAAGAAGUCAAUUUCGAUGUGACAUCUAGCAGUGCAUACCUUCACGUAUCAGUGUACGAUCGUAAUCGUGCUGGUGAAGGGUUCCUAGGGAUGCUGGAUAUCAAACCGGUUUGGAAGGAUGGGUAUACUUUGGACGGAUGGUACAAAUUGGGAACUAGAGGUACUGAGAAUGUUACGGGAGAGAUUUGGAUUCAGUGCACUUUCCAUGCUGUUCGACCCAAAGGUCAUCUGAAACCGUCCGACUUCGAAUUCUUGAAGCUGAUUGGUCGGGGGACCUUCGGUAGGGUCUUUCAAGUACGUAAGAAAGAUACUCGUCGGAUAUACGCAAUGAAGGUUUUGUCCAAGAAAGAGAUCGUCGCGAAGAAAGAGGUUGCUCAUACUAUUGGCGAACGUAAGAUCCUUCAACGGUCAUUGGAAUGUCCUUUCCUCGUUGGAUUGAAGUUUUCUUUCCAAACUGAAUUGGAUCUGUUCUUCGUGACGGAUUACAAAUGCGGCGGAGAGCUUUUCUGGCAUUUGCAAAGAGAGGGGAGGUUUUCAGAGGAACGUGCAAGGUUUUACAUUGCGGAGUUGGUCCUGGCUUUGGAACAUUUACAUAAUUAUAACAUUGUUUAUCGCGACUUGAAACCUGAAAACAUUUUAUUGGACGCUACCGGCCAUGUGGCAUUGUGCGACUUUGGUCUUUCCAAGCCUGACUUGACAGAGGAUCAACUAACCAAUACUUUUUGUGGCACAACCGAAUACCUCGCUCCUGAAGUUUUGCUGGAUGAAAAAGGUUAUGGCAAAGCGGUCGAUUUUUGGUCACUAGGAGUACUUCUUUUUGAGAUGUGUUGCGGUUGGAGUCCAUUUUACGCCGAACAGACUCAAGAGAUGUAUCGAUUGAUAUGUUAUGGUAAAAUAAGAUUCCCAAAACAUGUCAUAGGUGAUGAUGGAAAACAAUUCGUCAAAGGUUUGCUCAAUCGUAAUCCUCAAAACCGACUCGGAGCCAAACGUGGAGCAGCAGAAUUAAAAGAUCAUCCUUUCUUCUCAUCAAUCAAUUGGGAUCUACUCUAUCGUCGUCAAAUCACACCACCUUUCAAACCUAUAGUAGAUUCAGACGAAUCAGUAGCAAAUUUCGAUCCUGAAUUUACCAAUUCUUCUUUAACAGAUGCGGGUAUACAACCUUGGGAAGAUGAUGAUUAUGGUGUUAUGCCAGGUUCAGUAGGUAGAAGACAUUCUUAUUUAGGUCCAGGUGGUAGUUUGAGUGGUGGACAAUUGAAAACACAAUCUGGUAUGGCUAUAAAUAAGACUCAAAGACCGGAUUUAGUCGGUCAAGGUAGUCCAUUAACAAGUUCUGUACAAGAGAAUUUCAGAGGUUUUACUUAUACUGGCGAAAGUGUCAUGCCUCAAAGUAUGUUGGCAGCCAAUGAUCCUAUGGAAAUUUCCGAUCAUGAAGAAGCCGUAGAUGAUGAUGAUGAUGAAGAGGAGGAGGGGGAAGAAGAAGAUUUUGAUGAUGAUGGGGAAGAUGAAGAUGAAGAAAUGGAAGAUGGUUUACAAACUCGGAGACCUAGUGAUGCUCAUAUGGGGUGA